AUGUCUCAUGAAGUUAGUUACCGGUUAAAUCCUUUGAUAAUGAAUUUAUUCCCAACAACCAUAGUUCUUUGGAUAGCCGUAGACGCUAUUUUACGCGGAGUUUCAGCAGAAUCAGCCUCAAAUACUGACAGAACUGGUUACAUGUACAGAUGUAAUGAAAGUUACUACCGACCAUCUAAUGUGACAGAUUGUGAAGGAGUCACAGGGAUUUUUUAUGGUGCAGUGAUUGGAUCAACUGCUACAGCGGUUGUUGGUGCUGGGAUACUCUUUUUCGUAUGGAAGUUAAGAGAGCGUAACAGCAAGAACUCAAAUGGAAAAAGAGAAAGGACAAACAGAGAAACAACAGAAGAGAUUGGACUCGUUGAUACUUGGCUUGAAAUGACGGAGCCUUCUCAAAGCCACCAGUGCAUGGCAUUGGAUGAGCGGAAUCGGUCAUCCCCAUUACAAAUACAGAGCAGACGAACCUUCUACAACCUUCCGAGCCAGUAAAUGACUACUCCUCUUUCUAUUCACCGCCACGCUGUUGGGAGAUUCCUAUAGAGCUCGUGACUCUAGAAAAGGUCAUUGGUGAAGGGGCUUUUGGUCAGGUUGCUAAGGCAGAAGUCAGAGGCCUCCAGGGAAGACCAACGACGACACUCGUGGCUGUUAAGAUGUUGAAAGAGCACGCUUCCGAAUCGGACAGGAAUGAAUUGUUGUCUGAAUUUCAAUUGAUGAAGGAAAUCGAUGCCCAUCCUCAUGUCAUUAAACUUCUGGGGUGUGUAACGAGAUCUGGACCAUUGAUGGUGUUAAUUGAAUAUGUUCCCUAUGGAGAUCUACUGGGAUACCUGAGGAAGAGCCGUGGAUUGAAUGACACUUACUUCCAAGACCCGGAUAUCAAACCAAAAACAAAUCUGACUUCAAAGCAGCUGAUGAAAUAUGCGUGGCAAGUUGCCGAUGGAAUGUCAUAUUUGUCAUCGAUACCAAUUAUCCAUCGAGACAUUGCAGCUCGUAAU